AUGCAGGUAUCUUGGUGCAAAGUCGAAGCAACGGUGUCGGACCCGAAAGACGUCAAUGCAUUCUCUGAUACGGACAUCCAAUUUCCCAAGGAAACACCGCCAUUAACCGUGAUGAGUCUCGGCCUCAACACCGUUGUCAAUCACAAGGAGAACAACCGCGAGAUUGUGUGUGCCACGGCAAGGAUCUGGUCGAACUUGCAAAUUGACGAUCCUACGCCUCCAGAGGCUCUUCCGUGUUCUGUACAUACGUUUGUUCCACCUUUGGACCGCUUCCCGCCAAACUUCGAAAACGAGUGGAUGCUGCUGAACAGCUUGCUUGACCCUGAUGUCAUUGUUGGGCACGAGUUCCUUGGGGUCGCUCUGGACGACCUUAUCCACCGUAUGAGAGAAUUGCAAGGGAGCAACCUGCGAUUCAUCAAUGGGAGGUUGGUCUGCGAUCUUGCUAGUGAUGGUGCGAAGGGCAUGAUCUCGUCCACAACGUGGUCGCUCACCGAAAUGUGCAAGACUCAUCUCAAGAGUGAGAGGCAGGAUAUCGACCCGAUGAUACUGCCAGCUACUUCGACAGUGGCAUGCUUACUACUAGAUGGUGCUGGCGGCCAAGGUACAGAUGCAUCGUUUGACGAGGCAACUGACGAAUUUGGCUGGAAACUCAUGGAACAAGACGCUCAACGGUGGACGUGCCGAGAGAAACGAGUGUACGGCAAGAUGGCUGCCACUGUUGAGAAGAUCGAGGCACGGGAUAUUGAUGCAGAAGGAGGCAAGACGACCAAAGGCAAGCGGGAUAAGUCUUCGAACCCAAGCGAGUACAACAUCGACUUCAUGAUUGUUGACAGGAUGGAGGAUGAGGAGGGUGAAGAAAAAAUCCCAGAAUCACUGAGUCCUGAGGUUGCCCAGGGCGUUCUUCCCCGUCCCAUUGCUACUCUUGUCAACAGGCGUAGGCAGGCCAAAAGUCUAAUGAAAGACCGCAAAGCGACACAAUCACAGUUGCUUCAGUGGGAUAUCAAACAGAUGGCAUUGAAGCUUACAGCGAACAGUACUUGCGGUUGUCUGGGAUUCGAGUACUCCAGGUUCUACGCCCUCCCCUCGCUGCCCCCACGACGUUCAAGGGUCGUUGUCUAUGGAGAUACGGACUCGGUCUUCAGUCCCAAAAAAGCGGUCAAUGGUCGCUACAAACUCUUGGAGAUUGACCUCGAUGGUAUCUUCCAACGUUUGCUCCUGUUACAAGAGAAGAAGUAUGCGGCCAUCAAGGUCGAAGAUGGUGGACGACCAUCCACAGAGGUGAAGGGGUUGGACAUGAAGCGCAGAGGGUAUUGUGCGUUAUCUAAGGCGGUGUCUCAAUACGUACCAGACCAGAUUCUGUCGGGAGAGGCGACCGAAACUGUCGUUGAACGGAUACACGAGUAUCUCACAACUAUGGGCGAGGAUAUUCGCGCAGGCAAGAUCAAGUUGGACGAGUUCAUCAUCCCAGAGGACCACCCUAAUGCUAAGAGCCAGCCACAUGUCUAA